AUGGCUUCCUGUCUGGUUCCGGACUUCCCGGCCGUCCUGGUGGCUCUGGAGCAUCUGAAGGAGCUGGACCGGGAGCUGGCGGAGGACGGAGCCCGGUUCGGACCCGACGUCGGCCCACACCUGGCACAGAUAGCGGCUGCUGUCACCGAGCUGGAGGCGGAGAGGAGAACCGCACACGAGCAGCUCGAAGUGGAAAGCAUAGAAAACAGCGAGCUGAGGCACAAAAUCCAGACGCUGAGUGAGAAGAUGAGGGAGGAGAUAAAAGCUGAGGUGGCAGCAGCUCUGACAUCCAUCACUGAAGAGAUCGAGACGCUGCGUGGAGAUCUGACAGCUUCCGCUCAGCUCCGGGAAGAAGCUGCGGAGAAACAACAGAAACUUUUAGACCAGAAUGAAUCUCUGCAUCCAGAGAGAGAGAAGCUGAGGGCCGAGCAUGAAGCCCUGCGUUCUGCUCUGGAUGGCGAGGCCGCUCUGAAACGCCAGCUGCAGGAGCAUCUGGAGCAGACCCGAGAGCAGACCGAGAAGAUGAAGUCCUACACCGCCGAUCUCCAACAGGACCAGCUGGCGCUGCAGGAAAAUAUGGUGCUGGAGAGAGACGCACUCUCCUCAGAGAAGGAUGGACUGUCCAGAGAGGAGGACCGCACCGAGGAGGAAAUCAAGCAGCAGAAACAAGCCAUCAGGAGGAGGAGCAGGGAGCUGGAGGCCGUGAAGAAGAGGAAAGAAGAGACCUGUGGCCAGCUGAAGGAACUCACCGAUCAGAUGUCUGGACUGGAGAGCGAUCUGCAGGAGCUGGCAGCGUCUCAGUGUCAGUGUGAGAAACAACGGGAGGCAGAAGUUCAGAGGCAUGAAGAGCUCAUGCAGCACGGAGAAAUGUUGAAGAAGAAGCCUGGUGAGUUAGAGGAAGCCUUCAAGCUCGCCGUCCAGCGUCUUCAAGAAGAAAUAGAAACAGUCGAAGACAAAAUAAAAGAAGCUCGAGCAUCAGGGAGGCGUCUUCAGGAAAAACUGUCUGCAGCCCGCGAGAUGUACAAACAGCGGCAUGCAGAGGAGAGCCGGGUCCGAGCUGAGCACGCCCAGGUGUCCCAGCAGCUGGAGCGGUCCAGGAAUCAGCUGGAGGAGCGCGUCGCCUCCAUAGUCAGACACAACCAGGAGGUCAGAGAGAUGGACCGGCAGAUCAGGGAGCUGCGGGAAGCCAACGCCAUCAAUCAGAGAGUGUUCGAGAAAAACCAGGAGGAGCUCUGUGGCAAUGUCCACACGGAGAGGAGGAACAUCACACAGUUAGAGGAGGAGGAGGACCGGCUCACUCGGCUCCUGGACGAAAUGAGGAGAAGGCAGGAGGAGCACGUGGCCAAAGUCAAAGCCGAUAUCAGCGACGCAAGGAGGAGGUACGAGGAGCUGCAACGCGAAGAGGCCGAGCUCCAGCAGCAGGAGCCGAAGGACGCCGACGAAGUCCUGCUGAUGAGCCUCAUCACCCAAACUGAGGCCAAGUACAGAGAGAUAGAACGCAGGCAUCAUGAGGAGAUAGAGAAGUACGCUGCAGAAGCUGAGCUCCUCCUGAAGAGCAACGAGGAGAAGCAGCGAGCGGUGGAGGAGAAAGAGGAGAUCCUCAAGGAGGUGGAAAGCAAGUACAGCGAGGAGCGAAGGAGGCACGAGGAGGUGAAGACGCUCUAUCAGGAGCUGCUCAGACACAGGACUCAGCUGGAGCUGUCUGUCGAGAGGCUGGAGGAGAGAAGAAGCUCUCUGCUUCAGCAGAGGGAGGAGCUGAAGGUCCAGCUGGAGGAGGCGCAGGAGCGCCACAUGCUCCUCCUCAGCAAACACAGCUCCGAGCUGAGCGCCGUGGAGGCCAACAUCUACAGCAGCACGGCGAAGCUGGAGCAGGUCCGUACGGAGAACAGCCGGCUGCAGCUCGCCAUCGCCCAGAUGUCGGAGGACGCCGGCCGAGCCCGGCGGGACCGAGAGCGACACCUGCGGGAGAGCCGGCAGCUCGCCCGCGACACGCAGGAGCGGCGGGAGGCGCUGCAGCGGGCCUGGAGGGAGGACUCCCUGCUGACGCAGCGCCGCCAGAGCAGCGCCGCCGCGCUGCUGGACUCCUUCCAGUCUCUGCUGGAGCGCCUGCGGACCAGGAGGCAGCGGAUCGGACACGUGGGCUCGCUGCUGCACACACACAUGCUGGACUUCAGCCGGCGGCUGGGAGAGAAAACCACAGUGAGGGAGCAGAGCUGACUUCAGUCAGGAUACACCAGCCCAGCUUCUCUACAUGCUGAUGAUGCUCCUGUUGUC